CAUGCGAGUUCUUCUGGCUCUCGUGCUCGCUUAUGGAGUGUCCGCUGUCAAUAUCACAGAGGAGAAGGCAACCUGUCCGCUGGGAUAUUUCCCCUGUGGAAACCUGACUCUGUGCCUCCCUCAGCUCCUGCACUGCAAUGGCAUUGAUGACUGUGGGAAUCAAGCCGACGAGGAGAACUGUGGAGACAAUAAUGGGUGGCCGCAUCUUUUCGACAAAUACUUUGGAAUGCCGAGCUAUAACACCAGGACCAGGUCCAAUAUAUGCUUGCUGGGUGUUGUUCCAGAGCUCUGCCAGUGCCGGGACCUUGAGCUGGACUGUGACAGUGCCCAGCUUACAGAUAUCCCAGUGGUGGCCAUAAACGUCACCAUGAUGUCUUUACAAAGGAACAAGCUUCAGAGACUGAAAGAAAACACGUUCUUUAAAUACCAGAGCCUACAGAAACUAUACCUUCAGUACAACAGAAUCCAAGAUGUGAGUCCCGAUGCAUUCAGGGGCCUGUAUAACCUCACGAGACUAUAUCUAAGCAACAACAAGAUAUCGAUCCUGAUGCCGGGAGUGUUCCAGGACCUGCACAAGCUGGAGUGGUUGAUCCUAGAAAAUAACAUUAUCCAUCAUAUAUCCCCCAUGACCUUUUCAGGGCUGAAUUCCCUAGUUUUACUGGUUCUGCUCAACAACUCUUUGACAAAGCUGGAUGACAUCUGUCGGGAAAUGCCAAGAUUGAACUGGCUGGAUUUGGAGGGAAAUCUCAUUGAAACCAUUGGAAACGUCUCAUUCUGCUCAUGCAAUAUGUUGACAGUUCUCGUUCUACAGCAAAACAAGAUCAGCCACAUCCAUGAACAAGCUUUCUCAGUCCUCCAAAAGCUCGGGGAAUUGGAUCUGUCCAACAACAGGCUGGUGGCAAUCCCUCCCAAUCUCUUUGUUUUACUUGGGGAUUUGCUCCAACUGAAUAUAUCCGACAAUCCUAUUGUGGAGCUCCAGGUCAAUCACUUUGACAACCUGUAUAAACUCAAGUCAUUGAGCAUAGAGGGGAUUGAAAUUGGAAACAUACAACGGCGGAUGUUUGAGCCUCUCAAAUACUUGACUCACAUCUACUUCAAGAAGUUCCAGUACUGUGGCUACGCUCCGCACGUGCGCAGCUGCAAGCCAAACACUGACGGCAUCUCGUCCUUCGAGGAUCUGCUGGCCAACAUCGUGCUGAGGGUCUUCGUUUGGGUGGUGUCCGCCACCACCUGCUUCGGCAACAUCUUUGUCAUCUGCAUGCGCUCGUACAUCCGCUCUGAGAACAAGCUGCACGCCAUGUGCAUCAUCUCCCUCUGCUGUGCAGACGGACUAAUGGGCAUCUACCUCUUCAUGAUUGGCGCGUACGACCUGAAGUAUCGAGGCGAGUACAACCGGCACGCUCAGGCCUGGAUGGACAGCAGUCAGUGUCAGGUCAUCGGCUCUCUGGCCAUGCUGUCCACUGAGGUAUCUGUCCUGCUCCUCACGUAUCUCACUCUGGAGAAGUACAUCUGCAUCGUCUACCCUUUCCAGUAUUUGACACCGGGCUGGCGCCGAACUGUCACGAUCCUCCUCGGGAUUUGGGUGUUCGGCUUCAUCGUCGCCUUCCUGCCGUUGGUCUGCAAGGGGCUGUUUCGCAACUUUUACGGGACAAAUGGCGUUUGCUUCCCUCUGCACUCGGAGCAGCCUGAGACGCUAUGGGCUCAUGUUUACUCCAUCGUAAUUUUCCUGGGUCUGAACCUGGUGGCGUUCCUCAUCAUUGUCCUUUCCUAUGCAAGCAUGUUCUAUAACAUCCAGAGGACAGGCACUCAGACCACAAAAUACAGCAACCACAUCAAGAAAGAGGUGACCAUCGCUAAAAGGUUCUUCUCCAUUGUCGUCACUGACUCCCUUUGCUGGAUCCCGAUUUUCAUCCUCAAGAUCCUGUCACUGCUGCAGGUGGAGAUUCCCGGUACCAUCAGCUCCUGGGUGGUUAUAUUUAUCCUCCCCAUCAACAGUGCACUUAACCCCAUUCUUUACACACUGACGACGCGACCUUUCAAAGAGACCAUUCUUCAGGUGUGGGCAAACUACAGGCAGCGGCGGCCGCUGCUCAGCGGUCAUCACGCUCAUCAUCCAUCGCUCACCUGGCAGGAAAUGUGGCCCCUGCAGGAGAACAGCAAAGACCUCACCCCAGGAAACCCUCUGAAAAUAUCGAGCCCGGUCGCCCAGCUCACCCCUGUGGAAAAUACCAAUGAGAGCUACAAUGACAUUACAGUAGGCUCACAGCAACAGCCGAAGCAAUGCACAGUCCUGUCAGUGUGCUCAGAGAAAAGAAAUGUGCUCCACACGCUCACCCACGUGCAAACAAAUUAACUCGUCUAGGUAUCUGCUGCCAAAUUAAAUGUGAUUCACUUUCAUUCAUCUUCAAAGAUAAGAGCGUUUAAUCUCUUUUUAAAGUGGCCCUCAGUGAUUUGUGCCCUGUAGGGUUGAAAAAUCAUUUGUAUUCAUGAGUAUUUUUGGAAAUGUUUGCAUGUUUUGCCUAUUCUCGUCAGCCAUCACAGCAGGAAGGAGAAAUAAAACUAGAAGCUUCACAA